AAAAUUGUCAUUUGCAAAAUUCUAUUUUCUGUUUUACUAAGGUCCCUAACACAUGAGUAAGCAAAUUUCAACUCUUUCUUUAUUGAUUAUACAGAAAAACAAGGCUUUGAAUCGUUGAUCUGCUGUUUCGACCGUCAAGUUAUCCAAGACAACAAGGAAUAAGGAUCAGUAUGGAAGAAAAGUCCGAACACAGGCAAUAUCAGCCUCUCCAUGAGAGGUUAAACUUGGACUCCACCUUGGGAGAAGAGGCUCAAAGUGGGAGUAAAGAUAAUUUAGGAGAAGAACAUUUAAGUGAGAAAGGCUGUGAUAUUAGAGUACACGACGCAAACAUCAACAAUAGUAUAGAUUUGCAAGAAACUGAUCAAGAAAACAACAGUGAUUCAAAACCUUCUGCUAGUAAUACAGAUAAUGUACUAUACAAACAUUCUUUUAACUCCGAUUCUAGCAGUGAUCCAGGUAAAAAUGUAGAUAAUAACACAUGCACUGAACAUAUAAAUCAUACAACUUCAAGUGAGAGUAAUUCCAGGAUUGUGAAUGAAGACUCUGCUGAAGGUGCUGAAGGGUUCAAGGAAGCUUAUGAAGACAUUGUGGAACAAGCCCUGGCAGGAGAGAGCCGAGACAGUGAUGAAUCAUGUUCAGAUGAUGAGUAUGAGUCUGCUGAAGAGGGAGAGGACCAACCGGGGGAUACAGAGAGUCUUCGACAGAUGGAAGACAACCUCACUGAUGAACAGAAACAGGAGAGGAAAGAAGAGUCUCAAGUGUUGAAGGAUAAUGGUAACCAGUUGUUCCGAGACGGCAGCUACAAGUCUGCCCUGCGUGUCUACUCCAGGGCACUGCGUGUCUGUCCGAUCAAGUUUGCAAAGGACAGAGCAAUACUGUAUUCAAACAGGGCAGCAUGUAAAAUGAAACUGGAGAUGUAUGACGAGUGUAUCCGGGACUGUACGAAGGCUGUAGACCUCCAUCCCCAGUACCUGAAGGCCUUUAUGAGGCGGGCUGAGAUGUAUGAGAAGACAGAAAAACUGGACGAGGCCCUGGCAGACUACCAGAAAAUACUGGAACUCGAUCCAUCCCAGCACUCUGCAAGGGCUGCUUGUGUUCGACUUCCGGACCAGAUAAAAGAGCGUAAUGAGAAGUUGAAGGAUGAAAUGAUGGGCAAACUGAAGGAUCUGGGAAACCUUGUACUGAAACCAUUUGGACUGUCAACAAACAACUUCAAGUUGAACCAAGAUCCAAACACAGGGGGAUACUCUGUAAACUUUGUACAAAAUGCGGACCAGCCACAGUGAUAAAGUAUGCCAGGGGUCUACUCUGUCAACGUUGUAUAAAAUACAGACCAGCCACAGUAAACUAAAGUAAACCUGGGUCUUUGUUCAUAAAACAUAUUAUGCCUUUUCCUAUCUUAAGUCAAUUUCUUAAUUUAAAUAUCCCACUUGUCAUAUUCUAUUUAACAGCCUAAUACUAUCUGACAUAUUUUAAUGUCAUUUAUUUUGUUUUCUUGUAAAAUGGCUUCAAAAAUCUUAGCAAAUAGUCUUAAGUUAAGAAAUGACUUAAGAAGUUUUAUGAAAAAGGGGUCUACUCAGUUAACCUUGUAUAAACCAGUAACCAGUCACGGUGAUACAGUACAAUACACCACGGACCUUCUCUGUAAACUUGGUACAAAUUUCAGACUACCCACAAUUAUAAGAUACACAAAGGGUCUACUCUGUCAAUCUUCAGGAUUUUGAAUAGCGUUCAAUGUUCUUUUUGCUUGUCUCUUGUAUUGUUUUGUCAUAGCCUUGGUGAUAUUGGAAUCAUGCAAAAACCUUGGCUAUGAAAAAGUGUUAGUCCCAUAAUCAUUGCAUUUUAUAAUGAUUAUUUGCGAUCGCUUAAAUGUGAAAACUGACAAACACUAAUCUGCUGCUCUCUUUCUUCCAAUAUUGAUGCAUGGCAACUUACUUUACAUCAUCAAACCGCUGUGAUUAAUCAAUAAAAAUGUUUUACUUAAACAAAUGUCUUCAUUACGGGACAUAUGAUAUGCAGUUUUUUAUCUUAAGGGCUUUGGAUGAACGGGACUAAGAUUGUACGCAAUUGCUAGGGAUAAAAAAAAUUAACAAGCUCUGCUAUAUAAAAAUCUUAGCAAGCCUUGAAAGCAUUUUACCAGGACAGGGCUUGCAGGCUUCUUCCUAUUUCAACCACUGCAUAUGACUUUUAAUUUUUUGAGAUUCUUUAAAAAAUUAUAUUAGUGAAAGGUUUUAUAUUAGUGAAAGAUUUUCAAAGUGCAUGUUUCUAUAAAAUGAUUUGAGUGCUUAUAGAUAGAAGGCACAUGUAACUUUGUAUUAAAUGUUGAAUAAAGUACUAUGUGUGAUGCAAUGUGCAAUCAUUUUUGUGAUCAUAUAUUAUGUAAAAAUAAAGAUUUUUUAAUAA